UUCAUAUUUAUAACAAAUUAUCGUAAAAAUUUAUCAUUUUUCCGUCUUCUGUAAUUUCGGUGCAAUAUAGGCUCCAAGAAUUAGUUGAAAAAUUGGAAAUUGUGAGAUACUUUCCAUGAUUAACUAGAAAUAUAGCCUAAGCCUAAGCUGUAGUUACUGUAGUUCAAAGUAUAUGUAUUUUAGCCGUGUGGUUUCAUUCUUUUAUUUUUAUAAGUAGAAAUUCCAAAAAUGAACAUCCUGAGAUGAAACCAUAGAUAGAAAAAUUGAAACUGUCAUUGCAUACAUGGCUUAAUAGCUAUAAAUCCUAAUCUUCAUUAGCUCAGAAUUACCAUAACUAAUCCUUCAGUGUUCUGUGUAUGAAUAUUUUAAUAUCAAAUAAUCUCAGCUAAUUUACUAUAAAUCAUCUCAUAAGCUUAUUUUAGUUUCUGCAUACCCUCUUCUCCUUCUUCUUAUUCUUUAAUUCUCCGAAUAUUGAUCUUUGAUGGCGAGCUCGAGCUUGUUGGUGCUCUGUCUGAGUGCAUCACCAUCGAAAUUCAGAGGAGUUAUAUGGCUAAGAAGUGGGAAGUGGGGUGCGCGAAUCGCGUACAAAUACAAAGCUUAUUGGCUGGGAACAUAUGACAUAGAACAAGAAGCAGCUAUGGCAUAUGAUCGAGCAGCCAUUAAGCUUCAGAGAAGUGAUACUCCUCUGAACUUCCCUAUGUCAAACUACUCGGUUGAAGAAACCAAAUUUCUUGGGCGUCACUCCAACGAAGCAGUUCUUGCUAUGAUCAAAGACAAAUCUUACAGAUCUAAAUACGCUAAUUUUGUCUCAAAUCAAGCUCUGCUAAGGCACUUGGAAAGCAGCAAUAAUUUUGCUUUCCAGCAGCCAGGGGUUGGGGUUACAUACCAAAUGCUAUUCCGAAAGGAAUUAACACAGACCGAUGUUACGCAUAUCAAAGGCUUUCACAUACCGAAAGAUCACGCGAUUGAUUACUUUCCACCCCUUGCCAACUCCCGCGACGGCAACAACAACUCCUCCAUUGAGCUAACAUUCUUCGACAAACAUUAUCGUCCGUGGACUUUCCGAUACUCGUAUUGGAAAAGUACGCAGACUUUCGUGUUUACCAAAGGAUGGAGACAUUUUCUGAAGAUGAACGGCUUGAACACUAGAGACUCUGUGGUGUUCUAUAAGUGUGAAAUGAGUGGAAACAUGUUUUACAUGAUUGAUAUGCAGAGGAAUUGUAUUGAAAACUGUGGUGUUCGUCUCAGUGUUGCGGAGCAGGAACUCGGCAAGAGGAAACGAUCGGAGGAGGUUGAAGAAGAGAUUGCAGCAGCGGAUCGGACCAGUAACGGAGUUAUGCUUUUUGGUGUUGAGAUCAGUAAUGGCGGACCGAAUCAUAAGAGAAGAAUAGCUGAUGAGUAGCAGCAAAUUUGAUCUGUUAAAUGUUUAUUUCUGCUGCUUCAGUUCUAUGUUUCUUAUUGCAUGGUUUUUUUAGUUGAUUAUUUACAUUUUGUUCUAACCACAAUUAGGUUUUUCAUAUUGUCGAUCACUGUUAUUCAACUCUCAAUCUUAAUCCACAAGAAAGAAA